GCGAGGUUAGGAGCGCAGGAGAACGCUUCUCUUCUCCAGAUGGUGUUUUAAAUGCAGACAGAAGGGUCAUUAGACAACACACCAGCUUCCAACCACUGACAACGACACAAAUAAACCAAAACGCGAGAUGGUGCAGAGCGAAACAGCGCAGAAUGUGUAGCAUCGGUUAGCUGGGACACGAAUGAAGUUUUUAAUGGACCGUUUUUUCGCGUUCAGUGUGGAGGGAGUUCGCGACGAGCAGUUGGAGUAUUAACGGGAAGAUCUCCGAAACACUCUCUCUAUCUGAAUCAUUUCUGUAGACGAGGACUUUCAGGAUUUACAAGAGACAAUAUUCUACUUGGAAACAUGGAGCAUCAGUGGCAAUAUUAAAAACAUCUUCUAUAUUAUAGGAGGGAUCACGGACAUCUAACGUUACUGUGGAAUACGAUAUAAAAACCACCAAGAGCGCAAGAUCUGAGUUGGAGGACUUUGCGAUUUCUAUUUUUUUUUUUUUUUUUUUUUUUUUGUGAUUUGAGAAAUCGAAGCGAACUUUUUUUUUCGCCCUGUGCAUUUUUACCAAGAAAUGUGUUAACAUCUUUCAAGAUUUCGACAUUUUAAAGGAACGUUAUACCAAAGUCUCACUACUUUAAUACUAAAGCUCCGCUGUGUUCUAGCUUUCUAUGAUACAUUUUCGAUUUCUUGAAAUUGAAGUACCUCAUUAUUUAUUACUAUAACGAAAAGUCAACAUCGCGUGCAAUCCAAAGGAGUUCAGAACUCUCUCUCUCUCAGACACUGUUUGAUAACACAGUAUAUAUAUAUAUAUAUAUAUAUAUAUAUGCUUUUUAUUCAUUUUGGAAAGUUCACACCUUUUUCAGUAAUAAUCGAGGCGUAAGAAUCUCCGUUUAUUUCUGUUUUUAUUUUUCGCGUGGAUUACUUUUUGCUGCAAAUACCUCAGUUUGACUUCGACCUUCAAAAGUAGCGCAGGACAGAAGGCUGGAACGAUGCCAGAUUCACCCGCUGAUGUCAAAACCCAGCCCAGGUCAACUCCACCCACAAUGCCACCUCCACCCCCUGCUGUCAGCCAGGCAGCCAAUCGCAACGCAUCAUUUACACCCACAACAAGUAAGUUGUUGCUGAACGGGAGCAGUCACUCCCCCACGGCACUAAACGGAGCUCCCUCAACCCCCAAUGGCUUCAGCAAUGGACCGGCUACUUCCUCUACCGCUUCUCUGCCCACUCAGCAGCUUCCCCCUGCCUGCGGAGCCCGACAACUCUGUAAACUUAAGCGUUUCCUCACCACACUGCAGCAGUUUGGCAACGACAUCUCGCCCGAGAUUGGAGAACGUGUACGCAGCCUGGUGCUGGGGCUAGUGAACUCAACUCUAACCAUUGAAGAGUUCCACUCCAAACUUCAGGAAGCCACAAACUUUCCCUUGCGUCCCUUUGUCAUUCCAUUUCUCAAGGCUAACUUGCCCCUCCUGCAGAGGGAGCUGCUUCACUGUGCUCGGAUGGCUAAGCAGACUCCAGCCCAGUAUCUGGCCCAGCACGAACAGCUGCUGUUGGAUGCCAACGCCAGCUCUCCCCUGGACUCCUCCGAGAUCAUGCUGGAACUCAAUGAGCAUGGCAAGAGACGUACCCCUGACAGGACCAAAGAGAGUGCAGUGGACAGGGAUGGCUUGCACCCGGAGCACCUGGCCAAACGUCCAUGUACAGUGAGCCCCAGUCAGCGCUUCAGUCCAAGCAGUGGUUUACCUGCUCACCCUCCCCCCAAUGGCCUACCAACGCACCCACCCAAUGGACUUCCACAUCCUAACCCUCCUGCCCCACAGCACUACCGUUUGGAAGACAUGGCACUUGCCCACCACUACAGAGACGCUUACAGACACGCAGAGCACAGGGACGUCCGGGAUCGUCACCGGCAAACAGCCGUGCAUGGAACACGUCAAGAGGAAGUGAUUGAUCAUCGGCUGACAGACCGCGAGUGGGCUGAGGAAUGGAAGCACCUCGAUAACUUGCUGAACUGUAUCAUGGAUAUGGUGGAGAAGACGCGGCGUUCCCUCACUGUGCUGCGACGCUGCCAGGAGGCGGACCGUGAGGAGAUGAACCACUGGAUCCGUCGCUAUAGCGAUGUGGAGGAUAUGAAAAAAGGUGGGAGCUCCACCCAGCGGCCUCCUCCUCUUCCUCCCCACCACAACUCUUCCUCCUCCAACACUCCUAACAGCAGCGACACACAACCGCUAGAAAUCCACAGAGACUUCCUGCACCGGCCCCCGUCAGGCUACCUACCCGAGGAGAUCUGGCGGAAGGCUGGUGCUACAAGUAUCCCGCUCUCGCCAGCAUUAAAGCAACUUCAGAACAAGCAGGAGGAGGCAGUAAAUGAAGUGAAGAGACAGGCCAUGUCAGAGCUGCAGAAGGCGGUGUCGGAUGCUGAGAGGAAAGCUCACGAGAUGAUCUCUGCUGAGCGCUCAAAGAUGGAGAGAGCUCUGGCCGAGGCUAAGAGACAGGCCUCUGAGGAUGCGCUGACUGUAAUUAACCAACAGGAGGACUCCAGUGAAAGCUGCUGGAACUGUGGUCGCAAGGCUAGCGAGACGUGCAGCGGAUGCAACACAGCGCGCUACUGUGGCUCUUUCUGUCAGCACAAGGACUGGGAGAAGCACCAUCACGUAUGUGGCCAGGGCCUGCCCGGGAGUAGCAGCAUGCCACUCGGGACACCAUCUACCACCUCCAUCUCCUCCUCAUCAAGUGUGCCCCCCACACACUCCGAGAGCACCCCUCCAGGCCCCUUGUCCCUGGCGGGGCAAACCAGCAGCAGUGGCAGUCCCAAGGAAGCGAGCUCCAGCAGCGUUUCUCGCUCAACCACUCCAGCGACACCCGCCCUGAUGGAUUCCUCAUCCCGCUGACUGAAGAACCCCAAAUCUUAACCCAUGCUCCAGCCACGUCUACUGCUGCUACAGCAUCCUUCAUCCAAAACAAGCUGAGGAACCUCCACCAUACUUAACUUCCUCUCAAAAUGAACUACGGCAACCUGGCUUCCACAUCUACAUUAAGAUCUUGUUUUCUCAGUCUCCAAAAAAAAAAAAAAAAAAAAACCAUCAAGGCUCAGAUUCCUUCACAGAAGGAUGUACUGUGUUUAAUGCAACAUGAGCAGUGUCUGUUAUACUGGAUGCCACUGAGAAAGCCAGGAAAACACAUAUACUUACACAUUACAUGUUUUAUUCAUGUACAAGACAAUUUAAGGCAUGGCCUUAGUUACCUACACCCUUUAAGAGAGGUGUGCUCUGUGUAAAUUGUGGUGGCACCAUAUUCUGAACGUGUCUUGACCCAGGUAGGACUAAAUAUACAGUAUGUAGGAUGGAUUCCUCUAAAAUGACCGACAGCCGCCACUGCGGGAUGUCAAAAACGGACAAGAGCACUCUGAAAAUCUUCCACCACAGAGCUACCUUCUCACAACAUGACACACCGCGUUUCAAUUUUUUGGCUUUAAUUAAAACAAAACAAAAAUCCAAAAGAAAUCAUGAAGAUGAUUAAUGAGAAGAAUAAAACCUGUUAACUACCUUGCUAGCGAGCCAAGAAAAUCUACACCAGACUCACCUCUCUGUACUGACGUGAACCCAAAUGAAUUUUAAUAAAGAAAAACUAAAAAAAAAACAAAGAACAUGAUCCAAACCUUUUUACUACACUGCCAAAGUUACUAAGAAGCACUCAUCUUGUAACCAAACGCAAACAACUUCACCUCCUCAGCAGUAAAGCCAGGCCAGAGUUCCACAGUCUGUGGAGAGGUGGCAUGGUGACUAGACACUCAAACCUUCACUGUGCCCACUGUGCUACUCACUCAGAUCCUGAGGAACGCAGACUUUAGCCCGGAUCCAUGGCUAUGGCAAUGAAGACUCACACCUGGGAUGUUUAAAGCACGUCACCCAGUCAGCCGCAAAGAGAAAUGACAUGAAAACGAAACAGAAGGCAAAGAUGAGUAAACGAAAAGAGGCAGGUUGACUUCAAAAGGAAAGACGAACGGCAAAGGAACUGCCAAAAACCUCAAUGGAUUGUACACUAAGAAUGAGUCUUUUCUUGUGAAACAUUUUCAUUUGGUUUUCCUAAAGCUCUCUGAAUGCUGAGACAUUUCAUUCUGUUGUACGAUUUCAUUCUCCCUCGUUUUCCAAAGCAUGACAAGACUGUAGAGUCUCCCAAGACUGGCGUAGACUUGGUUCUCUUUUCUCUCGCUCUUUCUACCUCCCCCCAUCUUCUAAAUGUUCAUCUCUUUUGUCUCCUGACAGAACCUCUAAGCAGAUAUCCAUGAAGGGAUCAAACGUUGCUUGUAGAUAUUACUUUCUGUUUCUGGAUGUCUCUGUCUUCAAUAUCUGCUUGUGUGCGUACUCAGAACGAGGAACGCGUUCUUUCUUUGUCUUCUUUUAGGUUUCAGCCAAACAUUGGACAGAAAAAGACACUCUAAUGGGA